CUCCCCCUCUAUAUCGAGCAGUUGCCGCGCAAACAUCGGCGCGACUCGCCGAUCAGCUAACUGGUCCCUGUUUUAAAUAAUUAUUGCAACAAAAGUUUUGGUGUUAAUUUAAUCGGAAUGGCUUCUUCGUGGGAUAACCGCGUUGCCUUUGUUGUCAGAUAUUUAUAUGAUAUCGAUUGCAAUGGUUACUUAGACGCACACGACUUUCACUGCCUUGCACUGCGGUCCUGCGUCCUGGAGGGGCGCGGAGAGUGCAGUGGGUCACGGCUGCAGCGCUACAGGCACAUCAUGCUAAGCCUCUGGGAGGAAAUCGCUCAGCUCGCGGACUUCGACAAGGUGCCAGACUAUGAUGGUAUAAUAACAGUGGACGAGUUCAAACAGGCUGUUAUGAACUGCUGUGUCGGCAGAAAGUAUGAAGAUUUUCCACAGGCUAUGAGGGCAUUUAUAGAGUCAAAUUUCAGAAUGAUAGACUUGAACAGUGACGGUGUUCUGGCUUUAGAAGAGUACAGAUACGACUGUGUGCAGAGGAUGGUACUUGAGGAUAUCAAAAUUAUUGAUGAGGCGUUCUAUUCCUUAUUAAAUGACGACGACCGAAGAAGAGGAGGCAUUACUCUAUCGCGGUAUCAGGAAUUAUUUGCCCAAUUCCUAGGAGAUCAAAGCGAGGACUGUCCGGCGAAGCAUCUCUUCGGACCUAUAGAACUAUAGCUACGUGUGUGAACGCUGUGCUUCUCUAAGUGACAAAACUUUCUUUAACCAGACGUGUAUAAAUACUUUUACGUUUUUAUGUGUUUAAUUUAAUAUGUAAAUCUUAAUGCCAUAGAGAUUGUAGUAUAUUUUGCCUCUUCUCAGUAAAAUUUAAUUUACCCAUAAGGGGUUUAGUAAUUUGAAGUUAAAAAAAUCAAAGAUACUAAAUUAGUCAUUAUCUCCUGAUGUCGGUUGUUAUAAUUUUUUUAAAAGGUACUUUUUCUUGUCUCCGGCUCAGAUAUUGUAUCGUCUCAAUGUAGUUAAGAUUAAAUCUAGUCUGUUAUUUCUUGAUCUGUGGUACAGAUAAAACAUUAGUA